AUGGCGGGUGCGCUCUUCCACAGACAAUUUCAGCCCCAACAACCACCAUCCUCCUCGCGCCUCCUCCUCCUCCUCACUCUCCUCCCCCUCACCCUCGCCUCCCUCGCCUUCAUCCUCCAAUGGCGCGGGGGCCUCACCGACCCCCUCACCCGCUGGUCACCCGAUCAACCUCAGUUCCCCGGCAUGUCCUCCGCCGAUUCCCCUCCCUCCCGCCGCUCCUCCGAUUGCGCCAACCCCCUCUCGCAAUCUCUUAACCCUUCCUUCCCCUACUUCCGCGACUGGAGCUUCGAUUACUCCUCCCACCUCUCCCCCAAGAUAUGUAUCACCACGAGCACAUCCGCGGGGCUGGAGCAGACGCUGCCGUGGAUCUUCUACCACAAGGUCAUCGGAGUCUCUAGCUUCCUUCUCUUCGUCGAAGGGAAGGCCGCAUCGCCUAAUGUCACUAGGGUUUUAGAGAGCAUUCCCGGGGUGAAGGUUGUGUUUAGAACAAGGGAGUUAGAGGAGCAGCAAGCUAAAAGUUUGUUGAUACGGAUCUUUGAUGGAGAUCUUUGGUGGAGUCGAAUAUGGAAUGAGACUUGGUUGUCAAGCUUCUUCUACAAACCAUGUAACUAUGAGUUGUUUGUGAAGCAAUCUUUGAACAUGGAAAUGGCUAUUGUCAUGGCAAGGGAUGCUGGAAUGGAUUGGAUCAUCCAUCUGGACACUGAUGAGCUGAUGCAUCCAGCAGGAACACAAGAGUACUCUUUAAGACAGUUAUUAGCUAAUGUGCCUGGAAAUGUUGAUAUGGUCAUUUUUCCUAAUUAUGAAAGCAGUGUGGAGCGAGAUGAUAUCAAAGAGCCAUUCAGUGAGGUUUCAAUGUUCAAGAAGAACUAUGACCAUCUUCCAAAGGAUGUGUAUUUUGGAAAUUACAAAGAAGCAACCCGGGGCAACCCAAACUAUUUUCUUACCUAUGGAAAUGGGAAAUCGGCUGCCAGGAUUCAGGAUCAUCUCCGCCCUAACGGUGCCCACAGAUGGCACAACUAUAUGAAGUCACCUAAUGAGAUAAAGUUGGAAGAAGCUGCUGUUCUGCAUUACACCUAUACCAAGUUUUCUGAUUUGACUUCAAGACGUGAUCGGUGUGGUUGUAAGCCUACAAAAGAAGAUGUUAAAAGAUGCUUCAUGUUGGAUUUUGAUAGAUCUGCAUUCAUAAUUGCUUCAACUGCAACUGAGGAUGAAAUGCUUCAAUGGUAUCGUGAACGCAUUGUCUGGACUGACAAAGCACUUAACAUGAAACUUAUGAGGAAAGGCAUCUUGACACGUAUUUAUGCUCCCAUGAUAAUUAUUCAAAGUUUGAGGGAAUCUGGUGUUUUUAACACUGUGAUUAUAAAAGCUGCUGAAACGAAGUUAUCAAAAGAUAAAUUUUUAGAAUCUGUUGACAGUAGCAAUUCAACUAGGAAUUCCAGAUCAGAUAUGAUAUCUUCUAGAAAAAUUGAUGCUGGCGGGUUAUCCCAGGCAACUGCAAGAAGAAUUUCUGAAGUUAUAGAUGACUCACUCCCAUCUGCAAUCCCACCGUUGUCUCCACCAAGCUACGAUCAUGCUGACCUUAUUACUUAA